AUGUCCUUCUCUCUUCGCGCUAGCAAUCCUCUGUUGUCACAGAGGAGCUCAGUGUCCCAGCCGUACGUCUCACCGCAGAUGCUCCCGCAAUCUGCAGCGCGCCAAAACAUGCCGCUCUUUUCCCUUUCUGGCACAGAGGAUGUGUGCAACAAUAACAGCAACAACAUACCCAUCAAGAAGGUGGGCACCGACCCGACGCGGUACAAGACAACGAUGUGUCGCAAUUGGGAGGCUGGGACAUGCACCUUCAAAGGGUGUACGUUUGCUCACGGAGUGGAGGAGCUGCGCGCACCGACGCGUGGGGACCAUUACAGGAGCCCCAACCUGGAUCCUCGUCGCUCAUCACCGGGGCAAACGCCACCACUUUACGCGACAGCAGUGGUGGGCUCCUCAGGUUCGCCAAAAAUUGAACAGCUCCUGGAAAUGCUUUACACAGAAGUGGUGCGUGAGCGCGAUCUUGUAACUGUGCAUGUUGAGGCCAAUCGAACCUUGGAGACACUGCUGAAGAAGGAACAGAUGCUGCAUGAUGAAGCAAAAUCACAGCUGGAAGCCGCAAGGUUAAAAGUUAAUGAACUCACUCGUGUCAUAUUGCAAACUAGCGAAGAAAUAAGUACCUUUCUUGAUUCAUGUACACUCGAUGAAAAACAACGUAGCCGAAUCGCAGCUCUGUCGAAUAAAAUGACGGAGGUAAUCCCUGAGCAUGAUUGCAACAGGGAUACGGCUGACGAAGAAAAAAAUAGAGUAAGAGAGCUACUCAAGGCGCUACAACACUGUCAGAAACCAACGGAUGCUUGA